CAAUAAAUUAGACACGUACCUCAAUUAGGAGCGAGUGAGCCCUCCAUAUUUUAGGGCGGACACGAGCGCAUCAUAUAUGUGGAAGAGUGACCAGCCGCGCAUUUAUUUCCCCUCUUUUAUUGUCUUCUCCUCUCUCGCUCCUUUCUUUAAUAUUCUGGAAUUGAGUAGCUCAAUGGGAGGCCAUUCACCAGGUUGUUGGGCUAAAUUUUGCUUAGACCAGUUCGCAAAGGAGAUUCCAAGUUGCGUAGCUCGUAUCCGUAGGGGCCGAGAGUGGAUGAAACACACACAUCUAGGUCAAUGAGUUUUGUAAGAGCUUUGACACCAUAAGCACUCAAGAUCCAGAGGCUAAU